UAACUUGUUUGUUGAUAUUUUGUAUUGCAUCGUAUCGAUUGUUUAUACGUUUGUAUUUUUGUAUUUCAGGCUUAAAUCUCGUUGAGGAAUAUGUAAAGCAUUUAGUUGUACGUCACGAUAGUAAAAUAUCAUCGAAAUAUGGAUGAUUGUAGGAUAUGUUUAAAGUGCAGAGGCGAAAAAGAUAUAUUUGAAUUGGAAGCCGAAAAAGUAAACGAUUCAAAGAAUUUCUUGGAAAUAAUGUUUUUUUGUUUAGAUAUUGUUGUUUCACGAGACUCGAAACUGGGUAGAAAAAUGUGUUUUGAUUGCUACAGAAAAAUUAUUGAAUUUGAACAAUUUAAAACUCUUGCUUUACGAAAUAAUGCGUAUUGGCAUGAUAUACAAUUGAACGAGAACAUAACAAACGAAGUAUUACUAGAAGAUGAAAUCAAAUGCGAAAAUAAUUCUGACAAUGAUAUUAGCAACAAUAAUGAAAUUAUUGUUAAGAAUUACGACUUAUUUUCAUCAGACGAUGAGUUCCUAAGUGUUAUCAAGCAGAUUAAAUGUGAAAAUAUUUUUGCAGAAACAAAAGAAAAUGACCCUGUGGAAAAUUUUGUACCCAAAAAGAAGCAGAAAGGAAAGAAAACAAGAGUCGAUGAAAAAAGAAAUGAAAUCUGCGAGGAGUGUGGAAAGACAGUUGCAAACUUGAAACACCAUAGACGGCUUCAUAAAUCUCUUGAUGAAAGAAAAUGCUAUAAAUGUAAACAAUGUGAUAAGAAAUUCGCUAGUUACAGUGCAAGAUACAGGCAUAAUAAAGUUAAACAUCUUGGUAUAAAAUCACAAUGUGAUAUUUGUGAUAAAGAGGUAGUGAACCUACGAGCACAUAAACUGAUGACGCACAAUGUGGGAGACAUGCGGUACGUCUGUGUGCCUUGCGGUAGACGGUUCAUCUCCCAAUCGGCGUUAGAUCUGCACUCUACAAUACACACCAAGCAAUUUGCCCACACAUGUGAUAUCUGCGACAAGAAGUUCCGUUCCAAAAUAAUAAUGUUGGCGCAUAAACGGCAGGUGCAUGACAAAGAGAAAUCGCACCUUUGUCAGUUUUGUUCCAAAGGUUUCUUCAAAAAAUAUCACUUGCAGGAGCAUUUAAGGAGCCACACGAAGGAGAAGCCAUACCAGUGUCCGGAGUGCAAGAAAUUUUUCGCCACAACAAACUCUCUGAAGACGCACCGCUUUGUGCACUCUGAUGUCAAGAUGUUCGCCUGCAACCUCUGCGAUAUGACGUUCUCAAAGCCAGGGUACGUGCGUAGCCAUAUGGUCAGUCACACAAAAGAGAAGCGUUACUCGUGUAAGUACUGCGACGCGCGCUUCGGCCGCUCCGACCACCGCAAGCGGCACGAGUUCACCGCGCACGAGCGAAACUACGGCCUAACACAGAACAAAUAGAGACUAUAUUGCUGUUUGCUAAGUGUCAAGUAUUUGUGUCUCUUUCAUACUGUUUGAAAAAAACAGAGAUAGUGUUUUGUACAUAUUUUACGGUGUCGGAAUAUAAGUUGUGAAUGUUUUAGUUCUUAUUUCACUGGUUUUAAGUAAUUUUUACGCAACGCAGUACACAAACUGAAUUGAUAUAUCUAUUGUCUAUUUGUAUAUGUAUUUUUAAAAUUUUUGUACUUAUAUUUAAAAUUGUGAUGUUUAGUUGUAAAAUUCAAGAUUAUAUUGGUGUGUUGUUCAGAAUAAGUUUAUAAUAAAGAUUAUUUAUUAUU